AUGCAUCAGCAUUUGCGCCACAGCCUUGCUGUCAAGCUCAUGAUGGACUCGCUGAACCCCAAGCUCAACCGCAAGCUGCAAACCCCGCCUGCACGCAAGAAUCUCUGUGGCUUUAGGAUCAGCAAUCCCCGCUCCCUCCGCGCGCCGGACACGUUCGGUUCGCGCCGGACAGAAGCCGCCGCCGCCCCGAGCCAACCAGAGGGCGACACGUGGCGCGCCGCCGCUCCCCGCCGCCACCGGCCCGCGAGCCCGCGGGAGGCCCUCCCGGCCCAGAUCGGCGAGCCACCUCCGCCCGCACCGACCGCCCGCGCGCCCCGCGGCCGGACGCCGCCCUUCGCGCCGGACGCCGCCCUUCGCGCCGGCCGCCGCCUCCGCCGCGGCACGCCGCCGCCGCCCGUCCCGCCGGCGCCUCGCCUCGACCACGCCUCCUUCGGCCGCCGCCGCCGCCCCGGGCUCCGCGCCCAGCCGCCGGCCCCGCGGUCCCGUCCCGCCGGCACCUCCCCCUCCUCCGGCCGCCGCGCCGCCCGAUCUCCGGCGAGCCGCCGGCCCUGCCUCGAUUACCAUAAACCCAAGCCCCGCUCCCUCCGCGCGCCGGACAGAAGCCGCCGCCGCCCCAAGCCAACCAGAGGGCGACACGUGGCGCGCUGCCGCUCCCCGCCGCCGCCGGCCCGCGAGCCCGCGGGAGGCCCUCCAGGCCCAGAUCGGCGAGCCGCCUCCGCCCGCACCGACCGCGCACGCCCCGCGGCCGGCUGCCGCCGUCUUCGCCCGCCGGACAAUGCCCUUCGCGCCGGCUGCCGCCUCCGCCGCGGCACGCCGCCGCCGCCCGUCCCACCGGCGCCUCGCCCCGACCACGCCUCCUCCGGCCGCCGCCGCCGCCCCGGGCUCCGUGCCCAGCCGCCGGCCCCGCGGUCCCGUCCCGCCGGCGCCUCCCCCCUCCUCCGGCCGCCGCGCCGCCCGAUCUCCGGCGAGCCACCGGCCCUGCCUUGA